AUGGCAGUACUCAAGCAAUUGACAAUAAAUGUGCCCUUGGUUGAGGCACCUGAUAAAAUUCCAGGAUAUGCAAAAUUCAUGAAGGACCUUAUAACUAAGAAAAGAGUGGUGACCUAUGAAAUAAAAGGUAAUAUCCAUCAUUGUAGCAUUAUUUCUACAAGGACCUUGGUGCAGAAGAAGCCAGACCUAGGCUCAUUCACUAUUCCCUACACAAUUGGGACUAUGGAAUUUGCCAAGGCAUUAUGUGAUCUGGGAUCAAGCAUUAAUUUGAUGCCGCUAGCUGUUUAUAGAAAGUUGGGAUUGGGAAAUCCUACACCCACUAACAUGCAACUCGUGAUGGCGACUAGGUCAGUAAAGCGAUCUAUUAGCAUUUUUUAUGAUAUGUUGGUGAAGGUGUCCAACUUCAUAUUCCCUAUAGACUUCAUUAUUCUAGAUUGCGAGGUGGACUUCAAGGCGCCUAUAAUCUUGGGUCAAAUUUUCCUCGCAACCAGAAUUGUAUUAAUUGAUUUGAGAGUUAAUGAGCUCUUAUUUAGGAUGAAUGAUAAAGUGGUACAGUUUGAUGUGUGUAAAUCAAUGAAGCAGCAUGAAUAA